AUGAUAGUCAAUAAUUUAAGAGAUUCAUCACAUCAAUUCAAUAAUGUACCUAUACAGCCUAUCCUGCGUAUUAUCGUUACUCGCCACUCAGUGGAUAAAAUGAAAAUGUUCACAAUCAUGACGAGUAGUAAACCAGUCCCAGUUGCAAAUGCAACUAACCAAUUGGUCCCGGAUCACUCCAAGUCCGAGACUAAUGAUGAUCACCACCACCACCACCACCACCACCACCAUCACCAUAAUCACCACCACCACCAAGACCAAAACCACCAUGUAAACAACGAAAUUCAAAAUGAGAAAGUUUUCGAGCAACACAUCACCUCGAAUUCGAAAACUGAGAUGAUUGAAGUUCCCGUUGAUAACAAGGUUCAAUUUGGAUUGCAGGAUGAAUGCAACAUUCCGGCAAGAGACGAAUCUGAUGAGUCAAAAAUUUGUUUUGAAACACCAUUGAGUUGCACAAAAGACGCACCAGAUGAAAAGAUCACCAGCUCCGAAGCCCCAUUAAGUGUGACAGGGGAUAAGCUGGACGAGCCGGAAGUACCUGAUCCUGUCGAUGUUGAACAGCGAGAAAUCCCGACCGAGAAAAAGUCUCCUCCUGAAUUGGAAAAAAGUGAGGGUGAACAGCACUUGAAGUCAGUCGACAACAACAACAACAACAGCAACAACAGCAAUGAGAAUGAAAAUGUUGCUGAUUGUAAAGAGACGUGCUUGGCUCCUCCUGAAACUGUCCCUGUUGCAAGUGACUUGAAACCAAAAGCCAAAUGGAAGGCAAGGUUGAGUCAGAAAUGGUCCAAGAUUGGAUCUGCUAUGAAGUCCAAAGCCGAGGACAAGCAGACUGCGAACUGUGAGACCAGAGGGACAGACAAUUCGGAGAAGCCUCCCUUCAAGGACAAGUUGAGGUCAUUGUUUGGGAAAAAGCGCAUGAGAUUUGAAACCACGGGUGAAGUAGUGGUUUUGUUUGAUGCCGACGACUACAAAGAUGAAGAUCAAGAGUUGUUUGUAGUCGAUGAUGAGGCUGAAGAGUGUUGUACUGCAACCAACACCACCCGCGUUGAUGACCCAGGAGCGAAUUCGAACUCGGGAGCUAUUGAAUUGCCAAUCGAAAAUCGUGAUAGCAAUGAAGUUACUGGUACUGUUGUCGAAGGCAAUAAUGAGAAUGCUCAGCACGAGGUUGAAGCUUCGCCACUGGUGUCAACUUGUCUGAAAGCUGAACUUGAAUUGAAGGCAGUUAAGGAGGAGUUGGCUUUGACGAAAGAGAUCCUAGAGUUGACUAGGCAGGAAUUGAGAUUGACGAGAGAAGAUUUAGAAUUGACAAGGAUUAAAGCUGAAGCUGUUGGUUCUGAAACAAAACCUGCCUGUCUUGAGAGACAAGUUGCUGCUCCUGAAAGCGAAGCUGCUGCUCCUGAAAGUGAGAUUCCUGAAUUGAUAACUGUUCCCCCUCCACCAAGACCUGCUACCCAAGACAUUCCAAUGAAGGGUAAGAAUGCCAGACUCAAGAGGAUUUGGAGCAAGGUAAAGAAGCCUUUCAAGAAGCGUGCUCGUGUUGCUGACGCCACUGUGAAUGCCCAGGAUUGUGAUGACGAUUUGUUGUCUCCUUAUGCUGGCCAUGAGUUGAAUCAUCCUCAUUCUGAACACGCUAUGAUCUCCCCUGCAAUUGACACUGCAGAAGCUGGUUGUGAAAAUGAAGGUGCAACCGCAGAUGUGUCCGAUGUUUGCAAGAAAGGCAAACGCAAGGGUAGACAGAAGAGAAAGCGUACUGACAAACCAGGCGAGGAAGAGAUGCCAGCUGAAAGUGGGUCGGCAAGUGAAUUCGAAGAAAUCGACCUUCUGGAGCCGCAGACUGGAAACAGCCAGCUCGGAAACAAUGGCACCGGGGUUCAGGAUACUGGACAAGAAUGGAGGACAAAGCACAUUGAUACUCCUUGUGAAGUUGACGAGUCCAGCAGUGUGGCGUGGUUGUUUGAACGUACUGCACCAGCACCCGAGAGAUAUGAACGGCGUGUCUGGAUGAUGGACUCGGAGAGAGGAUGUAUCAGUGUUGAUGACGAUGAAGUUGAACAAGCAGAAUUCAUCGGCCCAACUUGA